GAGCUGAUGGAAAAACAAAGGAUGACAUGCUGAAUACAUUGUAUAAGCGAGUGACAGAUGUCCAUUGCAUACAUGAGGCAAUGCUGAAUUUGACUACCCAUGAUUCAUUUCUUAGUGCAUCAGAAAUUUUCUACAAUAAAGAACUCCAUAUACAUAAGGAAUUCAAUGACCAGUCUUCACAUUUUUAUGGGUCAAAAGGCAUACCAUUACCCAAAGAUAAAAAGAAAAGCCUGGAAAAAAUUAAUUCUUGGAUAUCUAAAAGAACAAAACAGCUCAUCCCAACAUUACUGCAAGAACUUCCUUCUGAUUUGCAAGUGAUUUUGGUGAAUGUUAUCCAUUACCAAGGGAAAUGGUUAUCUCAGUUUGAUCCAAGCCUUACAAAGAAUGAAAACUUUAAUCGGCUAUCUUCUGGGUUAGUUAAAGUUCCUAUGAUGAAUGCCCACAAGUAUCCACUGCAGAUCCUUAAGGACACAUAUUUGCAAGCCCAGGUUGCCCGAUUCCCUUUGUCGGAAAACAGCAGCCUCCUCAUCUUCUUGCCUUUGGCACAUGCAGUAGAUGCUCUGAAAAUAAUGGAGAACCGUCUAAGUCAAGAAAUUCUUUCAUUGCUGAUUAGACAGCUGGAAGAGGUGCCUAUUCGAGCAACAGCUGUGUCUCUUCCUCAGCUCAAAAUUGACACUAACUUUGGAUUGAAUGAAGCUUUAAGUUCACUUGGCCUCUAUGAUCUGUUUGAGUAUCCAAACCUAUGCGCUCUUUCAAAUAGCACCGACAUUGCUGUAAAUGAGGUCCACCAUCGUGCACUCCUUGAGAUCAAAGAGGAAGGAGUUAAGGCUGCGGCUGCCUCUGCUGUAACCAUUGCUCGCACUGUUACUGUUUUUUCUGCCCGACGACCUUUUUUUUUUAUUCUAAUGUCUGGUAAUAGUAGGGUUCCUAUACUUAUUGGUCAUAUUAGUGACCCAAGUCAGUAAGGAGAGAAAA